GGGGAGGUCCGGAGUACUGGGAAGCCUUUAGUCCUGUUUCACCUGGACCGUAUCAUUAGUGUGGGAUAUACAUAUGUAUGGUACAUACGUACGGCAGCAGAUCCCAUGAUUAUGAAGUAGCACCAGUAAUUUUAAAACAAUAAUACUUACAAACCAUCCGGGAACGACAAAAGUUGGGACAGAAAAAAAGGAUUGAAACAUUCACUUUGUUAUUUCACCAGGAGUUUCGUUUUAUUUAGCCUGAUCUGUAUAUUCCGGGGUUUUGCGCGUUGGAUACAAGUAACAAUAUUUUUGUGGUUAUCUUUAUGAAAGUUUCAGAAAGACAAAUCGCGCAGAAAUGGCUCUAUCCCAGGUCCAGUGCUUGGACGAAAACCACGUGAAUUGGCGAAUGAACGAGUCCAAGCCGGAGUUCUUCUACAGCGAGGACCAGAGGCUGGCACUAGAAGCACUCAUAAAGGAGGGCAAAGAUGCUUUCCAGGCGUACAUCAAGGCGCACCAGCUUCGCGACUUCUUGUCGGAAGUCGAGCUGGACCGGCUGUCGGGGACCGCGGAGGUGUACCAGCCGAGUUCCGAUCACCCGAAAGGAGAUGGGAUCGAGGCGGUAGAGGACGCAGCCGAGUCUCUCCAGUACUGGCCGGAGCGGUCAGAUACCUCCAUACCCAACCUUGACAUGGGUUGGCCGGAUUACACAUCCUACCGAGGGGUGACCCGAGCCAACGUGUACACGCAGCCUCCCCUGGAUGGACAGACGCAUAUUAAAGAGGUGGUUAGGAAAACCAUCGUGCAGGCGCAGAAGGUUAUUGCAGUGGUUAUGGACUUGUUCACAGAUGUAGACAUCUUUAAAGACCUGCUGGAUGCCAGCUUCAAGCGGAAGGUGGCUGUGUACAUUAUCCUGGAAGCCGAUGGGGUUCCGUACUUCCUGAACACGUGUGAGAGAGCCAGAAUGCACAAAGGACAUCUAAAGAACCUCCGGGUCCGAUGCAUCGGGGGAACAGAGUUCUACACACGGUCCUCAAAGAAGGUUUGUGGAAGAAUGACCCAGAAGUUCAUUUUUGUGGAUGGAGACAGAGCCAUAUCUGGGUCCUACAGUUUCACAUGGACAGCCUCCAGGCUGGAUAGAAACCUGAUCACAGUACUCACAGGCCAGGCAGUGGAGACCUUCGACAAGCAGUUUCAGGAACUUUACCUGACGUCCAGGGGUGUGAACCUCAGUAAGAUUAAUCUGGAGGACGAGCCUGAGCCUGAGCCCAUCCCCCAGUCAGCUCCCGCACCCCUACCCUCCGCCACCGUUGCUCGAAAGCUCAUCAACCCAAAAUACGCCCUGGUUACUGGCAGUGCUGCGGAGACAUGCAGUAGGACGUCCUCCGACAAACAUAGCGCCAAAAAUGAGGGUGCCAACGAGGCUGUGAUGAAACCACUUCAACGCCAGUUGAAGGAGCCAGUUGAGCUCCCUUCUAUCCACCCGGGGCUUCUCAACCUGGAGCGUGUGAACAUGAUGGCCUACCUGCCCACCUGGCCUGAGCCCGACCCCCCAAGCGAUGUGAUUGGCUUUAUCAAUAUCCGCGACACUAACAAGCCCAUGCAAGCCCACCUCAUGCGCUCCGAGCUGUUUGAGACCUCACAGGCCAUCCGAUUCAAGGAUCCUUUUGUUGCCCCAGUAAUACCUCUUCCAGAAAAGGUUUGCCUCGGGCAAAAACCUGGAGACCCGCCUGCUGAGCUCGAGAAUGCCCGCCAGUUACCAGAGUCUCCACUUCAAAGUGCUCAAGAUGAGCCUGACAUAAGCAAACAACCCAAAGACCAGACGCCACACUCAAAAUCUACCAUGGCGACAGAGGACAAACCAGUCCCACCAGUACCAAAACGCAGAACUGUUCAGCUGGUCAUCAGUCGUGACAGUAAUGCUGAUAUGCCAGAAAUCAGCAUUAUCAAAAAGGCCAACCCUGGGCCUGAAAUACCACCUGACCAAGAAACAAAUUCUGACAAAACCAUGGGACCAACCCACGACGCUUCUACCUCGGUCGCACCACCACAAGAAGCAACUUUAGAGGGUAUCGAGGAUGUAACCAGAGAAGAUCAAAGAGAUAUGAUAGCCAGAAUCAGGGUAACAGAUGACACCAACACAGCUGACAGUGUUGAGGUGUUUUACGCUGAUUCCCCAAGCUCCACGAUGCCAGACGAAUGUUUUGAAAGCAAUUUCAAUGACGUGUUUGAUUCGAGGCCUGCUCUCAUGGUCAAUGGGAUGCAAGCUGGAUCAGGCCGUAUGCGGGACCACAGAGAACCCCAUGGACUUAAGGUCAUGGCUCGGCUUUCCCAGUCAAUGCUAGACCUGCGAUCCGAGGACCAGCCACAGGAGCAGGAGGAAGCGGACGAGCAGCAGGCACAGCCCAACAACCCCACAGGCUUGGAGAGGAACCAAGUGCCAUUUCACAAGCUCAGUGAAAGAAAGCUGCUUCUGCCUUCAUCCAGAUCCCCAGCCAACAUCAUGAGCCCAGACCAGCAGGUCCAGGAACGGUGGAUUGCUAAGGUAAUAAUCGCCAAACCAGGCUCCUACCACCGGCCCACUAAAGCUGUGGGACAUGUGAUCGGGGGGCACAGAUACUGGCAGGGGAAGAUAACUGGCCUAGAGAAGACAAGCAGUGGCUGCAAGCCCUCCAACAGGUUUUCUCGGGGACAGCUGGGAAACUCCCGGUAUGACCGUUCAUUCAAGCACCACAGAUACGAUCUGGGUCAAGUGGGAAUAUGCGCAACUGGACAGCCAAUCAGCCACUCCAGCUACGCUCACAAGUCAGUCCCCACCCAGGUUGAGAACUGGACUUUGCCAACAAAGCUGUCCCAGUUCAAACAAGUCAAGGGGCGGACUUCAGGCACUGCUCUGGACAACCUACAGAGGAAGACACACCUGGGACACAAGGCAGCAGUGUAGCUGCGGAGCCACCAGCAACCACUGUUUGCCUGUCUUAGCAGUGACUGAACUGGGUGUUUGCAGUGCAUUCUGGUAGCACCGUGGGGUUUCAAUUCAUUAGGUGUUAAAUGUCUUUAAAACCUUAAGAUUUAAGGUGUCAUAAUUUUCCCUCCUUUCAGAGGGGUGUUUUUUUUCCAGACCAUAAUUUCACGCCACCUUAACAUGUAGUGAAAGAGUCCUGGAAUCUCUGGAGUGGCAGGAUCUGAUGUUCGUCCUUAAAUCACUACUGACGACUGCUGUUACCCUGGAAAAUUAUCACCCAGAUAAAGCUGUGAUCCAGGGAAUACGCAGGAUUUCGAUUAGAGGUCUUGCCUGGUCCGUGCACCAAUACCACGUGGCGAGAAUCGUUAGGCCCAAGGUCAUGCCAGGCCAGGGUAGGUCACCAGCUACAGGAUCUCGAAACAAGUGCAUAGCAUCGGCUCGGGGCAGGUGGCAGGUUGUGUUGGGGAUGAUCUUAGAAGGGAUGGCCUUCAGGUAGAUGCCCUCCAGGUUGUUGUAGCCACCAAUCUUGUUAAAAGCUGUCAAAAGAGUAGGAUUUACAAAUUACAAGAAAUCCAAACUACAUUCUUAGUCAGGAAGCAAACUUUCUAAUUUAAAUAAAAUGUUUUGUAUAUUAUUUCCAAGGGCCUGUCAUAAUGCUAGCUGUAACUCUAGGUGAGUUACUCUGUGGUUUCUUGAUAAAUUAUAGGUAAAUUUCAAUGUUCAGUUGGAGUUCUGUGGUAACUUUAUUUAUCUAGGGUGGAAACCAAAAUGCGAACUAUUAAAAUGUAAUUGAAUUACAUAAGCUGUAACAGAUUUACACAUUCUGUUUGAAAAGCUUAGAUCAAUGAGGCCGGUCUUUCUCAGUGGGAAACGUAGGAGUUUCUUGGAUGGGUGGCACAGCCGUCGCCUGAAAGAACAAGCUGCUCGAUGCUUGUGUAGUAGAUCAGGUACAGCAAUGACUCUUAAUUUUUUUUACAAGUGGCUGUAGAAAGCUUGUUAUUCAGCUUCGUGCUGGGGACAGUGGAGCCAACAAUCACUCACUUCCAGGAGCUGGAAUUAUAGUUUACGUAAUGCGAUAAAGUUUAUCUCAGCGUUGAAUUUUCCCUGCAAAACUAUCUUGCUCAUGAUUCAUACAGUUAUGCUACAUAUCAUCACUAGCUGAAAGUAUGUAGAACUGUAGGCAAAUGUUCAAAUUUUGGCAGAGAAUCUGCGAGCCUUGCCAUGAUAUAUGACUGCAAUGCACUGCUAAUUCCUGACCCUCAACAAUCCACUCCUUGAAAGUCACCCUGAUGAGUCCUGUUUACAGUUCUUACAGUGGAUCCCUGCGAAGCCUUGUAAAUAUUAACGCUGUCACUUUUGAGUGCUAAGUAAUAAUUUUAUUGAAAAUAAAUUUUAUGCUGGAAAAAAAG